GGAGGGGGCACUCGCUGGACGCUGGCUGCAGAGAAGAUCGAGAAGAACCGUGAGAGGAGUCAUAGCCUUCGCGCACGACAUUUACGUGCAGAUUCUACGUCCCGCAAGUGUUUAUUCGCACGAGAGAAAAUAUCUGGGCCAUUGUCAUGAACGCGUCACUUUGCCUAGUUUUGUGCUCGAUUCUGGUGAUCGGAGAAAUAGCAGCUCAGGGAUCGUAUAAAUCAGGCAAUUGCCCCAUGAGAAAUACCGUUUCCUCGUGCACUCCAAGAUGCAUGAAUGAUUACGACUGCAGCUUCGACAAAAAAUGCUGUCCCAACAAGUGUGGAAGCAUGUCCUGCGCCCAGUCUAGCGCGGUUAAUACCGGUAACGACGGAGGGUACAAGGGAUCGUCUGGAUCUGUUUAUUGUGGUGGAGUGAAAUGCGGUCCGUACGAAAAAUGUGUCUUCGACAGAUCGACGAAACGCGAUAAAUGCGCUCGAACUUGAACGUUGGGUUCUCUAACCGGUCGAUAUAUUUUGAAACAUUCCCGGUAACACAUUCUCGUAUUGUCACAAACGCAAUUGUUUUCGUAAUUGUCAAGUAUAUGCAAGGGCAUUAAACGUGCAAACUUCAACGAA